AUGCCGCUCUUGCAUCAGGACGAUAACCGCGGUGGCGGUGUGCCCGGUGAGAAUCGGCGUUCGCUUACGGAGUUCUUGGGCCUGGACUCUACGCGCCUCGGCGAAGCCGCUCUUGCCGCCACCAACCAUCGCAGCAAUGAAGGGGGCGGCGAGAGUGAGUGGCGGUGGGAGGAGCCCGGUAGCCCGGAAGUGGCGCAUACUCCGAGAGCUCUGGUGCCCCUCGGCUGUUUCCCGCCAAGACAUCCGCGCACUUAUGCUAGUUUCAGCGAGAGCGCGCGCCCUGGCGGCUGGGCCGACGAUGCCGGCCAAGGAAUUACAGACCUUGUCGCCUCUUUAAAGGCUCUGGCCAUGCCGGCGGGGAGCGCGCGCCCCGCGCACUUUCAGUCUAGACUCAGUCUGGAUUCUUUCGACAAUGGACCAAGUGAGUCUCCGUGGCCACCCGAGCAGGCGAGCACUGCCAACGGACGAGAUGACAGGGUUCUGUCGCGACGCGCUUCAUUCUGCGGGGUGGGCGCAGUGGCGGGGUACAGUGGCGGAGUGGGCGGAGUGGCGAAGUGGAGCGGGACGCUGCCGGCGCGCUGCACGGACCCCAGCUCGGGGUACUCCGCCAAGGUGUUCCUGGGGGGACUGCCCUGGGACAUCACCGAGCACGCGCUCAUGCACACGCUCGGCCAGUUCCAGCCGGUGCGUGUGGAAUGGCCGGGCCGCGAGUGUGGCGGGGGCGCGGGCGGGGGCGGGGGCGGCCCCCGCGGGUACGCGUACGUUACGCUGGAGAGCGAGCGGCGCGUGCGCGCGUUGCUGGCCGCCUCCAGGAGGGACGGGAACGACUGGUACUACCGCGUCGCGUCCAGGAAGAUGCGCAGCAAGGAGGUGCAAGUGAUACCGUGGGCGGUAUCCGACUCUAACUGGGUCCGUGGCGGCUCGGCCCGUUUGGAGCCAGCGCGGACGGUAUUCGUUGGUGCUUUACACGGCAUGCUCAGCGCCUCCGCAUUGGCUCUUAUUAUGAACGAUUUGUUCUCCGGUGUUGUAUACGCAGGUAUCGAUACAGACAAGAACAAGUAUCCGAUCGGAUCUGGUCGCGUCACCUUCAAUAACGUGCGCUCUUACGUGCGCGCCAUCUCCGCCGGCUUUGUGGAAAUACGCACCGACAAGUUCACUAAAAAGGUACAAGUUGACCCAUAUUUGGAAGACUCGAUGUGUUCGGUUUGCAAUCUGCAGCAAGGGCCCUACUUCUGCCGCGAGCCAAUGUGCUUCAGGUACUUCUGCCGGUCGUGCUGGAUGUGGCAGCACUCUAGCGAGGAGCACAAGCCGCUGAUGCGCAACUCCAAGUCCGGGCCCGUGACACUAGCCCCCGCCCCCGGUACCGCGCGCGCCCUUCCCCCACCCCCUCACCCGCCCCAGCCCCCACCAGCGGACCACUCUCUCUACCACGCGCCUUACCACCUGUCCAGCGAUGGCACUCCAUCUCCACCGACUAGCGGAGUGAGUGGAGCGAGCGGUGCAACUUGCAAGAGCGGUGCGAGCGAAUACGAAACCGGCGGCGGCGACGAGACCAACGAGCCAAUCUGGACAUCGCACUAA